AGUUGUGCGGGGCGCUCCGCUAAGUGUGCAUGUGUCAGGGAGCUACAUCGGCGCGAAGCUAUCAAAAUGGGAAGUCGAGCACGAAUGUUAGUCAAACUUUGUGAGCAAGAAUGUUCAAAAUUUGAUAGUAUUGGGGACCAGUCUCUUCCUUCAAAAACUGUUAUUUCUACUAGUGCAAAUGAGAUAUUUUCUGCAGAACAAAACCAAGACGUCAGCAACAUUAUUUCAAACAUUGAUACUGCUUGCUCUAGUCAACGUAAGUCGGUUUUUCUACAUUACUUACGUUUAUUUGCAAAGUUAUAUUCUUGUGAUUGUACAUUGUUGUAGUUGUAUUCGGAUUAACUAUUUUAUUUAAAUUAUUGUUUGUUUAUUAAUAAUAAUAAUAAUAAUAAUCUUUAUUUGCGUAAAACAUGGUAUAUAUGUUGUUCACAGGUAAAAAUCGAGCGCUCAUGUUUUGCUUAUUUUACAUAGCAUGCAAAUAUAUUUAAACAAUGUCAAAUUUUCUUUAACUAUUUGAAGUACAUUAGUCACCUGAUUUAGUUAACAAAGAGAAAUAAUAUUAUAAUAAUUAAUUACAUGUCAAUUUCAAUACCUAAUAAUAGUUGCACAGCUUAAUCAAAGAUAUAUUGUACAAUACUAUAUUUUAUUAUUUUAUAUUUAUUACAAUAAUUAAAUGUUUUUUUUAAAUAAAUGUUAUCCAGUACAUAAUCUAAUUUUUUUCUAAGAAUUGUUUUACACUAUAGAAAUUAUUUUCAUUCAGCCAUUUGUACAAUUUCUUUUUGAACAAUGUAAUAUUUAGGGUUUUAAGUUCGUCAGGGAGCUUGUUAUAUAUUCGGACACACAUGGUAAGGCAACUUUUGCCAUAUUUUUGUGAUUUAGGUAUAUCCUUAAGUACUAGCUUGUGUGGGUCCCUACGUGAGCGAGUAGUCUGUACCUCACAAGCUUUUUCAAAUAAUUGUUUGUGUCUCUGCACAAAAACACAAACUUCUAAAAUAUAUAUCGUUGGUAGUGGCAGUAUUCCAAGACCUUUAAAUAGAGGCUGACACGAUUCAUCAGGUCGGACUCCGCAGAUUGCCCUAAUGCAUUUUUUCUGCGCAAUAAAAGCCCGAUUCCAAUCCGAACUAUUUCCCCACAUCACCAGUCCAUAACGGAGUAUAGACUCGGCAUAUGCUCGGUACGUCAUAACAGAUGUUUUUAUGUCAGUCACUUUUUUUAUUUGGUUGAGCGCGUAACAACAUUUGUUUACUUUAUUACAAACUUCAUCGAUAUGUGCUUUCCAGUUCAGAUUCUGGUCUAUGACAACACCUAAAAAUUUUGUUUUUUCUAUUUGAUUGAUUUUUGUAAUGUUUAGCUUGAAAUUGUAUUGGUUAUGUUUUGACUUAUUAAACUGAAUAAAAUUUGAUUUUGUCAAGUUAAUUUUUAAAUUGUGAGCUUGUAGCCAUUCAAUUAUAUUAUCAAUUGUAUUAUUUAUGUCCAAUUCGUGAUUAUAUAUUGAAUUCUUAUUUUUUUUAGUCCUAACUAUAACCGAAAUGUCAUCAGCGUAUGUAAUACAUUCAUGACUUGUCGCAUCAGAUAUGUCAUUAAUAUAUAAUAUAAAUAAUAUGGGCCCUAAGAUACUGCCUUGUGGAACACCAUUAAUAUUUUCAAUGCAGUUGGAUUUAUAUGUUCUUAAUUCUUUAUUGAUUAGUUUUGUUAUCGUGACACAUUGAGUACGAUUUGUUAAAUACGAAGCAAUCCAUUGCAACGUAAUACCCCUUAUUCCUAUUUUUUCCAAUUUAUUUAAUAAUAGAUCGUGUGAUACGAAGUCAAAUGCCUUAGUCAAGUCAAAAAACAGUCCCGUAGUCAAAUAAUUAUCAUUAAUAUUGGUCAACAAUGUAUUGAUUAGGUGAUGAAUAGCUAAGUUAGUCGAUUUAUGUUUUUGAAAGCCAUAUUGAUUUUUAUUUAUAAUGUUAAACUUAUUGCAAAAUUCUAGGAGCCUUUUAUACAUACACUUUUCAAAUACUUUUGAAAGUAUAGGUACAAGGGUAAUUGGGCGAUAAUUGCUAACAACGUUUCUGUUGCCACGUUUGUGUAUAGGCUUUACAAUGGAGGACUUUAAUGUUUCUGGAAAGCUUCCUGAUGAGAAUGACAAAUUGACAAGAUGAGUCAAAAUGUCAAUUAUUUUAUCAAUGCAUGACUUCAAUAUGUGUGUAUUUAUGCCAUCGUAGCCUACAGAGUUGGUUUUAUUUAAGGUCAUUACCUCUAAUUUUACUUCAUUUGCUGACAUGGGUUUAAGGAACAUUGUGCUUAAGUUAAAAUUGUUCGUAAUAUAAGAGCCUUCAGCAUUGUUUACAUUAUUAAUACAAAUUUUUCCGAUGUUUGUAAAGUAGUUGUUAAAUAUUUGGGAUAUUUCUUCCGGGUUUGCUAUGUCGGAGUCGUCAAUUUUUAGAUAGUCAACAGAAGCUUCGCUUUGUGUUAUACCUAUUUCAUUUUUUAUUAUAGACCACGUUGCUUUACAUUUAUUAUUACUGUUUUGAAUAAAUUUAAUGUUUGCAAGUCUCUUAGAUUUAUUUAUACAUUUUUUUAGGAUAUUUGAAUAUGUAAAAUAUUUCUGUCUAUUGCUUGCUGAUUUAUGUGUAUAAUAGUUAUAUCGGAGUUUUCUCUUUGUGUUACAACUUUUUAGUAAGCCUUUACUAAACCACAUGCGAUUGUUUUUAUUUGAGUUAUUAACCUUUACUUUUUUAGUUGGGAAACACAAAUCGUAGAACAACUUGAAGUUCGAAUGAAAAUUAUUGAAGGCUAUAUUCAAGUUAGGUUCACUAUAUACUUCAGACCAAGAGAGGCUAUUCAAGCAUUCCUUAAACUUUUUAAUAUUUUCUAAAGAAUAGUCUUUUUUGAAUGAGUAGUAGGAUUUUUCUGUUUUAGGAAUGUUUUUUUGGAUCGGAAUACUCAGUAGUUUAUUUUAGCAUCGAUUGUGACAGAAAAUGUUAUUUCUUCUCUAAAUAAGGCGGAUCCGUCACCGAUCCUCCUAGAAAACAACGAAAACGAUAGUGAAGACGAAACUAAAGACUUUUCUCCAGACGAUAGUGGUGAUGAAUAUAAGCCAGAGAAAUCUGUACAACGCAACCGUAUUAAUUCAACGUCAUCUAACUCAUCUUCGGGCUCUUCAUGCUCAACUUCAUCGUCUAGUUCAUCUGGUACUACUUCUAGCUCACCAUCAACAUCGAUUACUCAUGAUUCCGUCAGAAAUUCCAAUUUUAUAGAUACCAGCCAAGAUUUAGCGCUACCUUCCGAGACUGCAGUUACCAAGAGAGGCAAGAAGAGAGUUCGUAAUGAAUCUGCAUGGAUAAAAAAUGUACGAAAACGUCAGCGAAAUUCUGGAGAACAAUACGUAUCUAGAACUGGCAAAACUGUUGCAGCUAAAUCUAUUAAACCACCUUGCACAGAAAAAUGUAGGCUCAAAUGCCGUAAUAAAAUAACGGAGGAACAAAGACAGGAGAUAUUUGAAUGUUAUUGGGGCUUGGGAUCACUACAAAGACAGCGUGAUUUUUUGAACUCCUGUUUAAUAACUUUGAAAGUUCCCUACCGUCGAGUAAAAGAAGGAGCUGCCAAAGCUAGGAACCAAAAUUGUGUUUUUAAUUUCACGGUGAAUGGUGAAACUAAACGGACGUGCAAAACUUUUUUUUUAAAUAGUUUGGGUAUAUCAGAGCGAACACUGCGAACGGUUAUUGAAGGUAAAAACAGUUCUGGUACAGGUGUGAUCCCUCAGGACAAGCGUGGCAAGCAUGCUCAUCAUAAUCAAGUAAACCCAGAAAUCAUGCAAUCCGUUCGCGAUCACAUUAAUUCCGUGCCUAGAAUUGAGAGCCACUAUACUCGGGCUAACACAACUCGUGAAUUUAUUGAUGGCGGUCUUACCGUUAAAGAGCUGCAUCGAAAUUACGUAUCUAGUAGAGGAACGAUGCCAUCGGCAACUUUUGACACGUAUUACCGAAUUUUCAACACUGAAUUUAACCUAUCAUUUUUUGUACCCAAAAAAGAUCAGUGUGAUCUAUGCGAGUCUUAUAAAAAUGCUGUCGGGAAAGACCAACUCAAAUUAAAAGAAGCUUAUGAAGAGCAUUUAAAACAAAAAGAUUUAAGUAGGAAAGAGAAAACUAAGGAUAUUGAGUUACUAAAAGAAGAUGGUAACAAUAUCGUUGCAAUAUACGAUUUACAGGCAGUUAUGCCUGUACCUAUCGGUAAUAGUUCAGCGUUUUUUUACAAAUCAAAGUUGAACUGCCUAAACUUUACGGUUACAAACUUAAAAGAUAGCGUAACAAAUUGCUAUUUCUGGCACGAGGGUCUUGGCAAUAGAGGAGCUAUAGAAAUUGGUUCUUGUGUGUUCAAAUUUCUGAAAGAGACUGCAGAGCGUCAUGCCAAUAGCAAUAUAAUAUUUUAUUCUGACAACUGCUGUGGUCAGCAAAAGAAUAGAUUCCUGCUUGGCAUGUAUUACUAUGCGGUUGAAACUCUUCCAAUAAAUUCAAUCACACAUAAAUUUUUGAUACGUGGGCACACUCAAAAUGAGGGCGACAAUGCUCAUUCGCUCAUCGAAAAGUCAAUUAAAAGAGCAAAAAAGUCAGGUCCUAUCUAUAUUCCAUACCAGUACGUGCAACUUAUACGCAACACCAAGAAAACUGGGAAUGCUUUUGUAGUAAACGAGCUUAACUAUGACGAUUUUUAUGAUUUAAAAAAGCUAUUUGAAGAUAUUACACUAAAUGUUAACAAAGAUCUGCAAGGUAACCAGAUAAAACUAUCUGAAAUAAAAUCUAUACGAUUUGUUAAAAAUAGUGAGACUUACGAUUUAAAAUAUUCUUACGAGGGUGAAUGGAUAACUGUCAAAUCAAAAACAUCUACUAAUACUCGAAAAAAUCGGUCCGAUAAUAAUUUAAAUAUUACUGAAAUACGUUUGAGAGCAGCUUACAAUUCCAAACUUACGAUUUCUGAUCAAAAAAAGCAGGAUUUGCGUACUUUGUUAGAAAAAAACAUUGUUCCCAGGUGCUAUUCCGGAUUUUACGAGAGUUUGUUUUAAGUUACCUGAGUAGGUACAAUUUUUUUAUUGUUUUUAUUAAGUUUUAAUUUUUUAUGUAAGUAGUAUGUCUAAUGAAACGAACGUAAGACUGAAAUGUUUAAAAAUAGUUCUAACAUUCUACUGAUCUUUUAAGACUGACUUUUAAGAAUAACUUUUUAAAUGUGCCCUGCACAUUUUUUAGAUUUUAAGAAUAUUGUUAUAAACAGCUGAUUUUUCUGUGCCAUAUUAGAUAGUAGUUAUUAAGAGGGUUAAAAAACUAAUUUUAUAUACCUACUAUAUUGUUUAAUUUCGUAUUGAAUAGUUCCUAUUAAAGUGUAAUUAAGAUGAAGGACAUCUACAAAUGAUUCAUACUAUGUCACCACUGACUGCCAUUGUUAAUUUUUAUUGAAAUAAUACAAAAUGUGUUGAUUGG